AUGUCCUACAAUCUAGAUGUCUUGGGGGAUGCUGCCCUGAGAGAAUUAAAUGCAAAGCAGACUGAUAAUGAGACAGCCAUGGCACAACCAACACAAUCAGUGGAACAUCCAACACAAUCAGAAACGGUUCUCAUCAAUGUAAUUGAGGACCAGGAACAAUCCUUGGAACAUGAUGGACAACUGGAUGAUGUGAUACAAUCAGGACAAAUGUUACAAACUGAACCAGUGUUGUCUCAUACAGAGGCACAUCUAACAAAUUCACUCGAACUCCAAACACAAUCAGAACAACCAGAAAUCUCACCUAGCACAUCUAACACGCCAGUAACUUCUAACAAACUGCAGGUUUUAAUUGGUCAUAACGNGCGCCCCCAGAUUGUCGCUGUUCCGUUUUGUGCCGUUGUAGUAGCCCUGCUUUAUGAUUAUAACGUUAAAGUUAAAACAGCUGGAUACCAUGGUAUCGAUGUAGAUGAUUCAUCUCUGAAAGUUUCAUCCAAGUCGCUGAUAUUUGAAACUGAAUCUUCAAAAUCUAUUACUGUUCAGCUUAGGAAACCAGUUGGAAGAGAUAUUGUUAUAUUGGUGCAUUUGGAUGAUCCAUCACUUAUUCAGACUGUGAAAAAAAUUCAUAUUCCAAAAGGCUCAUCUAAACCAGUCUUGAUUCCACUGUAUGCUGGAUACCAUGCUGGUCAUUGUACAUUGUCAUUCAAAACCGCAGUGUCAUCUGAGGUAACACUGAAGGGACUUCCUAGUCAGCGUGUACAAAUCAGAGUAGUUCACAACCUUUUAUUGGGAUACCUCAGUGUGGCUGUGGGCUGGUUCUGUUUUUUUAUGUGGACAGUCUCAUUUUAUCCACAAGUCUAUACCAACUGGAAACUGAAGAGUACGGCAGGGUUGAGUUAUGACUUUACAGUGUUGAAUUGCACAGGUCAUUUUUCUUAUGCUAUUUUCAAUGCAGCCAUGUACUUCGGUGAUACAGUGCAGCAUGAAUACCUUCUUUUGCAUCCUAAAGGAGAUAUACCUGUGAAAGUGAAUGAUGUGCUCUAUUCUACUCAUGCUGUGAUCAUAAUGAUCAUUUUCAUCAUACAAUUUCAUAUUUAUGACAGGGGAGGACAAAAACUCUCAUGGAAAACAUUACUUUUACAAGGUGGCAUGAUGCUAUGGAUUGCCUUUGGAUUCUUACAAAGCUUUCUUGGAGGCAUUCCUUGGUUACAGUUCUUUUACUUGUUGUCCUAUAUCAAAAUUUUAGUCACUGUUGUGAAAUAUGCACCUCAGGUAUACCUGAACUAUAAACGGAAAAGUACAAAAGGUUUCAAUGUAACAGCAGUCAUUAUGGACUUCGCUGGCAGUGCAGCUAAUAAUUCACAGAUGUUUAUAGAUGCUUUUGAUAAUGAUGACUUAAGUGAGGUGUUUGGAAAUCCAGGAAAACUACUACUUGGAUUGAUAUCGAUGGCUUACAAUUUGAUAUUCAUGGGGCAGCAUUUCUGCUUAUAUAGAGCAAAUUCAUAGUACAUUUAUAAACAUAGUAGAGGGAAAAACUAGAGAUUUGGUCAUGAUAUCCAGGGAUAGGGAAAGGGAACAGCUCGACAUGUUAUUUAUGGUAACAGAGUCAGUGUCAUCAUUCCAUGUUUUCAUGCUUGUGAUAUUAAAUUAACAGUGUAUUUAUAGGUGAAAUAUUAUUUCUAAUAAUAUUGAUAAGAUUUAAAAUUUGAACCCAUA